AGGACCCUGGUCAGGGCAGCUGGCCGCGCCGAUGGCGGGCACCGCUCGCCACGUCGACGGCCAGCAGCUGAUCUCCUUCCGGGUGGUGUGCUCAGAGACGACCUGCGGCGAGCAGCUCAAGGUGGUGGGCUCCGCGCCCGAGCUCGGGGCAUGGUCUCCAGAGGAGUCCCAGAUCCUCCUGAGCACCUCGGCGGAAGACUACCCGGUGUGGCAGUCCGACUGGGUCCCCCUGCCCUCGGGCGGCAUGCCCUGCGACUACAAGUUCGUGAUAUGCGCCGACGGGGGCACCGCGCGGUGGGAGCCCGGCCCGAACAGAAGGCUGCCCCCCCAAGACGUGGUGAAGGCCGCCGGGCCGGCGGUGGCCAUCCGGGAGGCCUUCGGCCGCCCGGGGCCCGCGGAGCUCGUUGCCGAGGCGGCCGCGGCCGCCAGCGCUGGGGCGGCGCGUGGCGCGGGAGCGCGGCGAAGGAGCGCAUCCAGAGGAGAUGGUGCCCGUGAAGACGCAGAUGCUGUGGUCAGCUCGACAGGCGGGCGCCACCUGAUCUCCUUCGCGGUCACCUGCGGCGUGACGCGCCCAGGGCAGCGGAUCAAAGCGGUCGGCUCGCACCAGGCGCUCGGGGAGUGGGCGGCGGUCGCGUCGCAGGCGGAGCUGAGCACCACCCCCUCGGACUUUCCGACCUGGCGUUCGGACUGGUUGAGCAUCCCAACGGAAGAGCUCUCGUUCGAGUACAAGUACGUCAUCUACGACGAUGCUGGCUCCUGCCUGUGGGAGAGCGGCCCGAAUCGACGAGUUUGUGUCUCCCCCGCCAACCGCAAGCGAAUUACCGUCGAGGACGUGUACGGGCGCCCGGAGUUGCAGGUGCAGGUGACGGCGCUCGACGAGGCCAAGGAGAGUUGGGCCCGUCCGCUCCAGGCGGCGCCUUCUGCUUCGUCCUCGGCCUCGCUCCGCGGGAGGCCCCUCGCGCGCUCCGCCACCGAGUGCGUGGUCUCCGAGGGCGCCGCCGCGCUGGAUGGCCGCCGCCCGGUCGGGCCGGCCACCCUGCGAAGGCGGGCAACCGUCGGCUGCCUGGCGGAGCUGCCUGAAGGCCUGCUGCCGAGCAGGCGUGCGCUGGGCAUUGGCUACGCGGGCAACGGCGAGGACCUCGUGCGGGAGGCGGGCUGCCUGGACCUCCGCGGCGGCCCCGAGGAGGAGCCGCGGCCCGCGCCCGCCGAGAAGCGCCGGGAAGCGCGGAGCCCUUCGGCCGCCACCACGGCGACCACCACCUACGCCAGCGAUGCUACCGCCUGCGGCACUGACACGAGCGACCGG